AUGGCGGCCAGGCAGGUCCCAGCGCUGGUGGCCGCGGUGCUCGGGGGACGGCCUCCAGCCGCCCGGCCGCCACCGCCCCUCUGGGUCGCAGCAGGCUUCUGCCAGGCCCCCAGCGUCACUCUCUGCUCCGCUUCGGAGGGAGACGGCGAUGGCGCCGGGCUCCACUCUCAGGACAGGUCGACAGGGGCGACGAGAAGCCCGGCGAGCGAAGCGUUAACGGCGGAGGAGCGUCGGAUCGCUGACUUGCACGCGGCCGCCUGCGCGGCCGGCCAGCUGACCUACGUGGACCCGGCCACUGGCUACGUGGUGCUCACCCAGCUGGCCCACCGGCAGAGGGGCCGCUGCUGUGGCUCUGCCUGCAGACACUGUCCAUAUGGUCAAGUCAAUGUUAAAGAUCCAGCCAAAAAGAAGCAAUUCAAUUCCUGUUUUUAUGUUUGACAACAAUUUCAUCUCUGUUCUCCGCUCAAUGAAGCCUCAUUUAAAAAACAAACUAAAAAAAACCAACAAAAAUACAAUACCUUAGUCCGGAAUUCCUCCCUGGUCUGCGCGCUUAGCCCUGGUUUAAUUCAUGUAUAUGAAUAUCUAUAUAUUUAAAGAACAGCCAUGAGAUGAACAGACCUAGCGAAUGCAGCUGUGUCUCUGAAGUGGCCCAUCGACAGUUAUUUUUCUUUCGGCCUCCCUGGUUAUCAGACUCCUAUGUGGAAGAAAGAAAAUAAUAACUGCUCCGUUAAAUAAAUAGCAGCAAUCGGGUGACACCAGUGCCUCUUGAAGUUGCUGGCAGCCUCCGACCCCCUGCAGUUUUCUCCUGGGGUCAGCCACCAGCGGAGGUGGCUGCAAACAGGAGGGUCUGCAGACAUGCGUCACUUUAUGCGCCUCUCGAGCUGAUACAAGGCUGUGCGCGCAGCAGCCGCCGCGUGGCCGGGAGGUGCCGCAGCGACAGGGAACGUGCUCAUCUCCCAUCUGUUCUCUCCGUGAAAAUCCCGAGUCACUCUGACUCGGGGGUCAGGCCACU